AUGCUCCUCGGUCUCUUUGUGGAUCAAAGAAUAACCGAUAACAAAGUCAUUGUGCAUUUCUGUCCAUUUGAGAAAUCAGAAAAACUGUAUUUCAUGAACCAACAAUCAUCGCAUGAGGAACUCUGUUCCCCGCCACAGGGCUGGGAAAUUGAUGACGCCUUUGACCUCAUGCUGAGCUGUGGUGAAGAAAGAAUCAGAGAUUACACCAUCAAAUUCAUGGCGUCCGCUUAUGUAAAGAAAACCAGACUGUAUGACCCAGCUUGCUCAACUGGAGUUUUCCUGUCCACACUCAAAAAGGUAUUUCCCGACAGUUACACAAUCGGUCAAGAUCUGAACAGACUGAUGACAGAAAUUUACCGCCAAAGGGUUGAUGAGGUGCAUUGUGGGAAUGCUAUGGAACGAAAAAUAGAACCUGGAACGGCUUACUACUGUUUUGUUCGUUUUCAAAACUCGGAAGUCUUGAAGUCAACAGAGGCAGAGGAUCUGUUGUCGGCGCUCCUCCCAACCGUGAAAAAGGGUGGGUAA